CCCAACUCACCACCACUCAAUAUGGCUACCGGUAUCUCUGUUGACGACGCCUGCGUCGAGGCCUUCCAGGAGCUCAAGAUCGGGCACAAGCACCGCUUCGUGAUCUUCAAGAUCAACGACGACCACACCGCCGUCGAGCCGCUCGUUAACGGCGACAAGGACGCCACGUGGGACGACUUCUGCGCCCAGCUCCCGGCCGACUCGUGCCGCUACGCCAUCUUUGACUUUGAGUUUGAGACCAACGACGGUGGCAAGCGCAACAAGAUCACCUUUGUUGUGUGGACCCCUGACGUCUGCCGCGUGAAGGAGAAGAUGCUCUACGCCGGCACCAAGGACGCCGUCAAGAAGAAGCUCGAGGGCAUCCAGUGCGAGGUCCAGGCCACCGACAACUCGGAGAUCGAGUACGACGUCGUCAAGGAGAAGGCUUCCCGCUUCGACAACUAAUUUGCUUGUCGCAAGCCCUGCGUAUUGCCGCACAUCCGUCGGUCGGGACGUAAACUGUCUCCAGCCAA